UGUCUGUUGCAAUAAGUGUGGGAGAGUGAGUGUGCCGGGCGGUCAGAGAAUGAAUCGGGGAACGAUUUAGGCCCCCUCCAAGAUGUGCCUGUAGCUGCAGCGACGGUGGUGGCCACUCCUGACUGGUCGGGCACACUACCGACGGUAUCCGCCUGAGCCCACCGCUGCUUGACCUUUCCAACUCCCCCACCGAGUCCCAUUUGACUUCCUCCCAAUUCUGCCCAGCACCACCUGCCCAGGGCAGCUCUGCGAGGCUUCAUUGGAGGGCGGAAGCCUCUCCCGGAACGACGUCGCACAGCCUGGAUCCCUGAAGGCCCGCCCCGUGACAGACUUGUUUAGCGGUGACGUGGCAUUCUCACGUGUUCGGAAGCAAAACUCGCCGUUCAAGCGGGGUCGGGCGAGGGAAGGAAGGGGAGUAGCAUCGCUGCCGAGACCAGCUAUCUCUUUCCCCUGUCAUUGUCGCAGAGGAGGAUAGCUUGUGGGGUGACCCUGCCUUCUCGUCCCGUGCGCGCACAGGCUCCCUACCCUCCUCCCAGACGGAGUGGACAAUGCUGAAAGCCGUGAUCCUCAUUGGGGGCCCCCAGAAAGGGACCCGCUUCCGACCAUUGUCCUUUGAGGUGCCCAAGCCUUUGUUCCCUGUGGCAGGGGUGCCCAUGGUUCAGCACCACAUUGAGGCAUGCACUAAGGUUCCCAACAUGAAGGAGAUUCUCCUGGUUGGCUUCUAUCAGCCCAACGAGGCCCUCAGCCACUUCCUGGUGUCAGCCCAGCAAGAGUUCAAAAUCCCCAUCAGGUAUCUGCAGGAAUAUGCAGCGCUUGGCACAGGCGGGGGCAUCUACCACUUCCGGGACCAGAUCCUCUCAGGUAGCCCUGAAGCCUUCUUUGUGCUAAAUGCCGAUGUCUGUUCCGAAUUUCCUCUUGGCGAGAUGCUCGGCUUCCACCGGCAGCUUGGCAAUCCUCCGGACAGCUUCCUCAUGCUGGGCACUACGGCCAACAGGAAGCAGUCCCUGAACUAUGGCUGUAUUGUGGCGAAUGCUGACACGCUCGAGGUUCUGCACUAUGUGGAGAAGCCCAGCACUUUUGUUAGUGAGCUCAUCAACUGUGGCAUCUACUUUUUCACGCCAGCCAUCUUCCAUCACAUCCGGGCAGUCUUUCAGCGGAACCAGCAGGAGCUGCUUCAAGAGGAGAGUACCAAUGGCUGGCAGCGAGCUGAAGCCAUCCGGCUGGAGCAGGAUGUGUUCACAGCUCUUGCUGGGCAGGGGCGCCUCUUUGCCUACAAAACCGAGGGGUUCUGGAGCCAAAUCAAAUCUGCUGGGUCUGCCAUCUACGCCAAUCGCCUCUAUCUGAGCUGCUACAGCCACUGCCACCCAGAGAGACUUGCCCAGAACCGACCUGGUGGGCCCACCAUCCGAGGGAACGUCUACAUCCAUCCAACAGCCUCGGUAGAUGCCAGUGCUGUGCUAGGUCCAAAUGUGUCCAUCGGGAAGGGGGUGACGAUUGGCACUGGAGUGCGUGUGCGGGAAUCCAUCAUUCUGCAUGGGGCUUCUCUCCAGGACCAUACAUGUGUGCUGAACAGCAUUGUGGGCUGGGAUAGCAACAUUGGACGCUGGGCCCGUGUGGAGGGCACCCCCAGCGACCCCAACCCUAAUGAUCCCUAUGCAAAGAUAGACAGUGAGACACUCUUUCGGGAUGGCUGCCUCACCCCGUCCAUCACCAUUCUGGGCUGCAAUGUGACCAUCCCCGCCGAAGUCGUCAUCCUGAACUCCAUUGUCCUGCCCCACAAGGAACUCAGUCGCAGCUUCAAAAAUCAAAUCAUUCUCUGAAGGGGGUGGGAGGCAACCUCCAGUUGUCCCCAGAGAGGAGAGCAGAGGCGGGCCGAAGACGACAUCAAACCCACCCUCAAGCCACAUCCCCGUCUUUGUGCUCCGCUGGCUCAGAGGCUUCCUGCCUUGGCACCAGUGAAGAUCGGGGGAGAUGUGAGCUUCUCUCUGGCAUGUCAGAUGGCUUGACUGCCCGUUGUCCUGGGGCUGCUGCAGAACCUCCCUUGGAAAGCACUAACCAAAGCAGCUGGCAAGGAAAGGGGCUGUUGCUUUUUCACAGUACCUAGACCUGAGGUGGGGAACCUUUUUCAGCCUGAGGGCCACAUUCUGUCACUGACAAAUGUGCAGGGGUCACAUGCUAGUGGUGGGCAGAGCCACAGGCAAAAAUGGGCAGGGCAACUAGUUUUUACUUUUUGUACAAUAGGCCACAGUCCAGCCAUGAAAAAGUCAGAAGUUUACAGUCUCUCCCCCACCACCUCUACCUUUGCCUGAGCAAGGAAGAGGCAUUAUCACAGACCAAGGACUCAUUUUGGCCAGUCACAAUCACUGGGGGAGGUUGCAGAGUCAGGCUGGUGACAUGUGGCCUGGAGAAGGUCUCAAGGGCCAGACAGAGAGGCCUAGAGGGCCACAUUGACCCCUUAGCUUGAGGUUUCCCAUCCCUGACCUAGACCAUUGAGAGACCUGGGGCCACACCUGCAUGUCAUCUGGAUCUUGCAUACAUCCAUUCAGCAGUCCUCCUGUUUCCUCAUAGUAAGAUGCAGGUAGAAUACAGGGGCCUUGCAGCUUCAGAGUAGAUGGUGCAGCCCACAUGGUGGAAAAAAUCUACAAAAUCCAACCACAUUGUGUCCUCCUCUGCUUUUUUCCUCUGGCUGUGCUUGUUCACCAAACUGGGCCUGUGGGAAACUGCCAUGUACAUGGGCUCUCAUUUAUUUGCCAAGCAGUUGCCCCAUUGAGUGUUUGCCCGCCCUCUGUUUUGCCAAGGAACUGGUUCCCAGCCUCUAGGAGCCUGAAAGCAAUGGGGAAGGCAAACUUACUGCAUAGCUUCGCCUCUGCUGCAAGCUGAAGCUUUGAUUUUAAAGCUCCAGGACAAAUGAGUAGAUACUGGCGAGUGAUCAACUGCAGCUGGAUAAAAUAAGUGUAUGUUGAGGAAAGUGCUUGGGUCUGUGAGGUUUUAAGUGAAUAGGAAUAACUUUCCACAAGGGAUGGAACAGGACCCUGUACUGAGCAGGGCUCUUGGGAUCAGAUGCAAUGGAGACUGCAGCACACAGAAACUCCCACAGUGCUGCGAAACAGGUUCGGAGCACCCAUACUUGCCUUCCAUUCCAGGGAGAGGGAAAUCCUUCAACCAUUAGCUUUACCUUUCCAUGCAAGGGCUGAUGUUGAAAGGGGAGGGAUUGUCUCUUGCAGGGAUGGGAACCUGUGUUCCUUCAGAUGUUGCUGGAUCCCUGACUCAUCAUCUCUGACUCUUGCCCAUGCUGGCUGGGGCUGAUGGGAGCUGGAGGGUCAGAUGUUCCUGUGUCUCUGGUCUAUUGUCCCAAGGUGCCCUUAUCUGAUCAUCUUAUCAUACAGGCUCAACUAAAGUGGUGAUUGGUUUUCCUUGCCUUAAUAACAGGAUUCCAACUGCCUUAUGCCAUGCACUGACUUUGCAUUGAAACUCAAGAUUGAGGGGCUGCUAAGCUGUGCCAGAGGGAGGCCAAACUCCCAUUCCUAAUAUAGCUCAGCACCAGAAAGAGAGAGUUAGGUUUUCGAAAUGGUUGCCAUAUGUAAAGCACACUGAGAACAUGUUGAAAUUGGGUCUGUAGCUGCUGUAAACAACUAUGGAGGAUGUUCCUGUUUCCAAAGCAAUUCCUAGCAAUUUCCCUUCUAAAGUCUAAGGAACGGUUAAGGUUGGGUGCCUCUCUGCCUUGGCAUGUUUGGGAAUUAGAACACCCUGGUGAGCUGGUAAAAGCACUAGAGAAGACGGCUAACCAGGGUUCCUGCAAGUAGUGGAGUUCUGUUUGAAACGGUCUGUUGUCUGUCUGUGAUUGCAUCAAUCUUAACAUUGAAUUGAACCGGUAAAAUGUCUGUUCUGUGGCUGGAGUUUCUCCUUUCCUCUUUGUAUUUCUACUGCUUCUCAUCAGAUUGUGGCCUGGGUAAAAUUCACAGUAAUGAAGACAUUGACACUUCAUCAUUUUGUUGCUGUGUUUUUUAUCCACGGGGCAUGCAUGUGCAUCUUUUAUCUGGUUGUUAGUUGUUACUCGCAGCUUCUUUCAUUACCAAAGACAAAGAAAGAAAAUAAAACAAAGAGGUCAUAUUUUUAAGUACAUAUUUUAAUUACUCUGAGCUGCAGCUCUCUAUAAAAUGGGAUUGCUGGCUGUCUGUUUGCUGGGUUGUGAGUGUGAAGAAGAGGAUCGUAGAACACUUUACAUACUGCCAAGGUUGGAGUAGAGGUGUAAUUCAAAACAAAAACUCUCUGAGCUGUGCCUUGCAUUUCAAGCAGUUUACUCUGUCCAAUAGCAUGCUCUGGAUGCCACUGAUAAUGACACCAGGCCUCCCUGUGCAGGCUCAUGCUGGGCUCUGUUCCUUGGUAAUCCUGGAAUAAGAUGGAGUAGCUGCUUUUAUAUAGAUAUGAUUCCAGGAACAAAAUCAAGCAUGCAAGAGAAUGUCAGUAAGUAAACAGAGGAAAGAUUUGUGUAAUUAGGCUUUUUAUAAAACAGGUUGUAAAGUCCCCCAUCAAAGGCUCCUGCAAAAGGUUAAGUAGUCAUGGCAUAAGCAGAGGCAUCCUUUUGUAGAUUAGCAAGUGAUUGAAUGAUAGGAAAUAGAAGGCAGGCAUAAAUGGUCAAUUUGCACAGUGGAGAGAGAGAAACCACAGGGAACCUCAAGAAUCUAUAAUGGGGCCUGUGCUUUUUAACAUAUUCAUUAAUGAGUUGGAAAAGGGAUUGAACUGGGAAGCAGCAAAAUUUGCAGAUAAUAAAUUAUUCAAGGUAGUUAAAUCUAAAGCAGAUUGUAAGGAGUUCCACGGGGAUCUUGUAACAGUGGGAGAGCGGGUAAUGAAAAUGCAGUGUUGAUAACUGCAACAAAGUACAUUUGGGGGGGAAAUAGCCUUGGCUUUACAUACUAAGAGUUUGGAAAUUGCCACUUCCAUUUAAAGAAAACAAUCAAGCAGCAUAGUCCUAGGUAUGCUUUCUGAUAAGUCCAUGGCUGGCUCCAGGACGCAUCAAGACAGGGCAUUUGCCAGGGCCCUAAGACCGACGGGGGGAGGGCUCUGAGAAAGCCAGACAGAACCUUCAUCCAUGAAAACUACUCAAAGGAGAGGGCAGGCAGGAGUGAAUGGAUGGUGGCCACUGCUUCUCUCCUAGCCUGCCAGCUUUCUGCUUCUGGUGAUGAGGAGGGGGAUCCACCACAGGCUGGGGGGUGGAACACUGUGGGUGUCUCCACAACCAUGGGAUCAGUGUUGGUCACCGUGCUUUUAAAUAAAAGGUCAAGAAAAAGAGAACCCAAGUUAGAUGCAUGCAGCCGCUGUGCGAAUUGCAGGAUAUAUACCAGAGAUAGGGACCCUGUGGCCCUCCAGGUGUUCUUGAACUACAACUCCCAUCAUUCCUGAUGGUUGGGGCUGAUGAAAGUUGUAGUCCAACAACACCUGAGAGGGUUGCAGCUUCCCCAGCCCUGAUUAUAUAUGGCAUAAAGUAAAUCCUACUAUCAGCAAAUGUUGCUGCUUGCCGCCUCUCUCAGUAGACUAGGCCUGUUCCACUUGUGACCAGCCAAGGCAAACACAGUCCAUCUGCCAUUGUGUUGUGACAUAAUAUUGUUAUGGAAUUGGGGGCUGAGAUAGAUGAUUUUGCUGUGUCCCUUGAAAGCUUAUAAUCUUGUAUCUGAAGUUGGGAUAUGUAAGCAAGAAACCUGCUCUAUUGGUCAGGCUAGUUUCCUUUGUUAAGCUAGCCUGUGAGUUAAUGGACUUAUUGAAUGGUCAAUGUGCAUAACCAAAGGGAGCUGUUGGAACUCUUUUCAGGGGAGACGCCCCCCUCCGCCAUCACCUGGCUGGAGCCCUCCCCUUCCUGGAGCCAAGGAGAGGCUUGUGUGUUUUUUAUUCUAGUCUGAAGAAGCUGAGAACUGGAGUCAGACAGAGAGGUUUGCUUGCUGUCUGUACUUCCAAAGCUAUUGGCAAUGGGGAGCAAGAUCUGAUGAAUUGAUAAUGCUGUGAACCCCCCCCAUCUUAAACUCAGGUUGGAAUGUGUGUAAAUAAAAACCAUAUAUCCUACAAGACA